UUAAGGCAAUUGGGAUUUGGAAAUCAUCUCCAAUGAGCAAUAGGGACAAAUUUCAUUGAAGUAUGGACUUCAAGAUUUGCCAUGCCAAUAGGACGCCCUAUCUGGAUUCUCUGGAUUUUGUGGUGCAGUAGGGAAGAUUUCUUCUCUCUAGUCCACUGGUGUCGUACUCUGUGAUGCUUUAUUUGUAUUUGUUUUCCACAUCUUAUUAUUAGCUUAGAAUAUCUAAAACUUCCUUUUUGGCACUGUUUUACUGUUAUAUAUUUUACAAUUUUGUUCUUUUACCCUCUCUUGGAUAUGUCAACUGUGACUUGGGAGAGGCAUCAAGGCUGUUGGAUCAAAUUUGAUAAAGGGAACUUGUGGGUUUUAAAUUCUAUUGUUUCUGGAACUUUUGCAGAUCACGAUCAAGGUCUAGGUCUCCAUUGCCUGUGCGUAAUAAAAGCCCAAAAAGACGCAGUGCUAGCAGGAGUCCAAGUAGAAGCAGGAGCAGGAGCAAGAGUUUGUCCCGGUGAAUUUUGACUGUUAUCAAUCUUUACAGUUGAAGAAGUGGGUGAAGGUGAAUGACACAGAAGCUUUUCUAUUUGAAUUGACAUUUUCAUCGAGAGCACCUGCUUGGUUAAAGUUGUUUAUUCAACUCCUUUGAAUUAAACGUUAGAAUUUUUCCAUGUCAUUUAUUUGGAGAAUUUGAUGAUUGGACCUAGGUUUUUUUUAGUAAUAGAUUGUUGAAUAUCAAAUUCCCUGAAUCUAUUAUGAUUGUACUUUAACAUUAUGCAUGCAUGAAUGUUUGGCUUGGUCACUCUAUCUUCUGGGAACUUACUGCUCAGUUCCCACUUUAUUUUUAGGGCACCAAAGCUUUACUAUUUCAGGACCGGUUUAACGUGGAUUUCCCCCCUAUACCAAAACCAAACUCCGAAAUGGAGAAGGCGUUUAUGAUAUUUCAUUAUUUUCCUGGUUCAACAUAACCUUAAAACAAGUCGUUGGACACCCGAUUAGUUAGCAUUCGGUUCUGUUUGUUGUACACAAUGGUGCUUAACUGAGUUUGUCUAAGCUAAAUUGGUCGAGAGAUUCAUGAUUUCAUCAUGCGGUUAGUGUUGCCUUUGAAGUUAUCCUGGAAUCACUUGUGCUAUGUCCUUUGUGUUUUUGGUAGUGGUGUUUUUACUUGGAUAAGCACGUGGUUACGUGGUGGGCGUGGAGUUAAAGAAUAGGCAUAGACGAAUUUGAGGUGGUAGUUGAACGUGGGGGACAAGUUGAUUGUCGUAACGUCCCAAUAAACAUACAUGAUGUGAACUUGACGAGCUAUGUGGUGGCUCCUCCCUUGCGUGGUUGUAUUUUCAUGUCAUAUCAUGUGCUGUUUUCUUCAUCGAAAAGGGACCGAACCUCACUUCUCCUUUCCCUCACUUGUGGCCUAAAUUCGUUUUUGCGUCAUCCUUAUUCUUUGACUUGUUUCGCCAUCUUCACCGCACCCCUUGAGCUACAAUGAUUAAUUCCCAAGUGGCUGUACAAGAAGAUGAAAAAUGACAAUGAUCCUAAUUAAUUUAUGUUUUUGAAGAUAGAAUAAUGAGACACGUGAAUGAUUGGUGGGCGAAGAGAGGUAAAACAGUAGACCUGUUUAGUGUCCAAAAAAUAGAAUAGGAAUUGGGGGAGAAUUAAGAUAUAUUUAAAAAAAUAAAAAAAUGUAGUACUACCUAGUUAAUAAGGCAAAUUUAAGAAGAAACAUGAAAUGAGAAUGAUUCUAAUAAUUUAUGUAAUAUAGUAAUGAGAUACGUGAAUGAUUGGUUGGCGAGGAGAGAUGUAAAAGGAAAUGUAGUGUCCAAAAAGGCAAAAAUAGAAAAAGAAAUUGGGGGAGGGGAAUGCAUUAAAUAAAGCAUAAAAGUGUAACACCUACACGUACACAUUUGCCACAAAUCCAAUCCCAAUCCCAUUCCUUUGGAUACAGAAAAUGAGUUUGAAGGCGAAAAUGUUCGGAGCCUUGAGCGACGAUAUAAUCCUCAAGAUCUUCCACACUCUGGAAGAUGACCCUCGCCACUGGGCAACACUCGCUUGCGUAUGCACCAGAUUCUGCUCCCUCAUCCACACCUCCUGCUGCAAGUCCCUCUGCCACCGCACUAUCCCCUCCGAUCUCCUCCCCUCUUCCUCCACUUCCACCGCCGCAGAUUGGGCCUCUCUCCACAAGCUCUCCGUCUGCUGCCCCGGUCCCAUCCACGCCGGCCUCCUCCUCGAAACCUCCGACUUCGGCCUCCAACGCGAGCUCGGCCCAGACCUCCCCAUCACCCUCGCCACAGCACCCGCCGCCCCUCCCAUUCCCUCCAACGACGUUGUUUCCUCUGACUCCUACUGGUCCCUCUACGACGACCUUUACUUCGACACCGUUUACAAUCCCUCCGAGACCGAAACCGAAACCGAGUCCGCAUCCCAUCCUGUAGAGUCUCAGCAACCGCCGUUAUCGUCGGUGGUUGAGAAGAAGGAGUGCAACAAGAGGAGGAAAGUGUGCAGAUCAUCGCAUCUGGCUUCAGGGACUCGGAACCUGAGCAGAGAACAGGGGAGCAAGCUUCUUGCGAGACAGUUUCGGCAUGAUUGGCUGUACAUCUGUGAGUGGCCAGGGUGCGUCCACGUGGAAGAGAAGAGGAAUUACAGGUUGUUCAGAGGUGUGUUCAAGAACUUCAAGAGGAGCAGGGUGUGGAGGACCAUCAAUGAUGGAAAGAGGAAGAGGAUCGAUCUUGGUUGCGCCUUCUGUAACUGUCAUGAGACUUGGGAUCUGUUGUCUGCGUUUUGUUUGAGGAGGGGCUUUGGCUAUCACGAUGAUGGUCAGCCUGUUGUUCGAGCUUUUGUUUGUGAGAAUGGCCAUGUCUCUGGUGCUUGGACUGAUGUCCCCAUCUACACUUAACUUUACUCAAUUCACAAUUCAUCUUUCACUUCUUCAAUGGAUUAGAGUAGCAUUGUUUCCUAAUUCCUAUGCCCUUCAACUUACCCUUCGAAUCGAUAUAUUUUAGAGUUGUUCAGAUGCAUGGGACCCACUAGUCUUAUGUCAUAUUUCAGACGGAUUCAUAAUUAUGGUGCUUCUAAAUCUCUCUCUGUGAUCCUCUGUUCCCAACUUUGUUUCACAUAAUUCUGUCUUCGUUUUCCAUUUCAGAAGCGUAGUAGAUCAUGAUUCACGACCAGAUGAAAGGUAUAAUCAUCAUAGUUCCACUUUUUACAUUUUUUUUUUGGAUAAACAACGGGCCAAAAACACUCUAAGAAAAAACAGACGACACAGUAAUUACUCUAGAAAAUAUGAUUCUAAACGA